AUUCUCUGUGGUUAUUUGUAGAUUGUAGAAUCAAAAUAGUUUUCACUUUAUAUCGGAAUCGCAGGAGAUAAGCGAAUCUUCUUAUCUUCUGUCCACUGUGUUAUCAAAUUAUUAAAUAGGACAAAAGUUUUCAUAUUUUAAAUUUGUGAAUUGCAGCUGUUAUUCCGCUGUUUAUUAAUAAUGAAGGAUUGACGUUUUCAAAACAAGGUAUUUUGAUGAUACAGAAAUAUGUUUGUUAAACCUGAAGAAGUUCUUAUAGCAAACGCAUUUUGGGAGACUGAAGAGAGUUCCAUCUACUUUGUUUUACAACAUAGAAAAGGACAUGGAACAGUUAAAGGUCUAUCAUCUCUUAUUGUAGGCACUUUAGAUAGCAUAUUCGAUACUAAGCCCGCUCCUUACAGAAUAUUGCAUCAAACACCUAAUUCGGAAGUAUAUCUGUUGGUUGCAUGUGCAAUGACAAGGCAUGAAAUUUUAAAAGACUGGGAAUGGUUAUUCGCUAAUGUAAGUUAUACACUUCAUUCAUUUGAGAAUGAUGAAGAUAUAACUGAAUUUGUCACAUGUAAAAUAGAGUCUGUGAUUGCAGCAAAUCAGGAAAUUGAUAAUGUAGAAGAUGAAGAUUCAAAAUCUUUUAAGGUGACUUGUGAUAAAUUUCAAAGGUUGUUUGGUUUACAGAAAGAUGAAAAACUGGUCAAUUACUAUUCAUGUAGUUACUGGAAAGGCAAGCUUCCUAGGCAAGGAUGGAUGUACCUCUCAAUAAAUUAUUGUUGUUUUUACGCAUUUAUUUUAGGAACAGAUACAACAGUCUGUAUAAGGUGGUCUGAAAUUACAGAAUUAAGCCAAAAAAACAGUAUACUGUUUCCUGAUUCAAUAAAAAUCACAACCAGAGAGAAGGAAUAUCAUUUCAGUAUGUUUCUGAGGAAAAACGAGACUUUUACUCUUAUGGAACAGUUGGUCGAUUUAGCUGUGAAAAAACUAAUAGACGGAAAGAAGAGUUAUAGGGAAGAUAAGGAACUGUUAAAUAAAUUAAGCAAGAACGUUCCUAAGAAGGCAUCGUUUUUGAAAAGAGAUUUGGAUGCUAGGGCACAGUCCGAGGCCUACAGGCUGAUGUUUAGGCUUCCAGCAAGUGAGAAAUUGGAUGGAUCCAUUGAUUGCACCUUGUUAACACCGUACAAUAAAAAAUUUGUGGCUGGGCGGUUAUUUUUGUCUCAAAACUAUGUUUGCUUUGACAGUAGGAUCAAAGCACAAGUUAGUGUGGUAAUUCCAUUACGCGAUGUUGUCAGCGCUGAAAAAAUAGAAACGAACGUUUCCAAUCAGGCGCUGGAUAAGGCGAUAAUAGUGACAACCAGGGAUGUGUUGAACAAGACUAAUUUUAUAUUUGCACAAAUACUGGACAGGGAUUUUGUCGUUGAAAAGUUGUCCGAGCUCCUAGCCAAAACUCAAGAAAUGACGACGUUUUCUGGCUCAAACAGAUCGAAAGGAUCGCUGGUUGACCUAGAACCAGAGUGGAAGCCUCAACAGGCUUUGAUGAACAUUUUUCCACUGAGUCCGAUACCCGAGGUGAACAAGAGGCAACAACAACGUGCCAGGGAGUGGGAAGAACACUUUAACACCUACGGAAGAGGAGUGUGGAUGUACCGAACGACGGAAGUAGCCAAAUUGGUGCUGGAAGGUAUCCCCGACCAUUUGCGGAUGCAGAUCUGGAUGUCUUUUUCAGGAGCGUUAAAUUUAAAAGCUGCCCAUCCUGGUUACUAUAGAUCUCUGGUUGAUAAAGCACUGCUACAACAAUCAACUGCGAAUGAAGAAAUAGAAAGAGAUCUUCACAGAUCAUUACCAGAACAUCCCGCAUUCCAAAACACUUUAGGUAUCGACGCUUUAAGAAGAGUUCUUUGUGCCUACGCUCUGCACAAUCCUAGUAUAGGUUACUGCCAAGCCAUGAACAUAGUUGCAUCCGUCCUACUGAUUUAUUGUAACGAGGAAGAGGCGUUUUGGUUACUUGUAACUUUAUGCGAAAAUUUACUACCAGAUUACUAUAAUCAACGUGUAGUUGGAGCUGUGGUAGAUCAAGGAAUCUUAGACGAAUUAACUUUAGAGCAUUUGCCUACGCUACAUGAUAAAUUACUACAAUUAGGAAUGAUUAAUAUGAUCUCUUUGUCGUGGUUUUUAACCAUUUUCCUUUGUGUAAUGCCCUACGAGUCGGCAGUAAACGUUAUGGAUUGUUUUUUCUAUGACGGUGCCAAAGUUAUUUUUCAAGUAGCUUUAAUGCUCUUAGAAUGGAAUCAAGAGAAACUUCUGCAAUGUAGAGAUGAAGGGGAAGCUAUGCAAAUUUUAGCUGAUUAUCUUAUGGGUAUAUUCAACGAUGAAGGUAGAGGAGCUAUUAGGAAUAAAAGCUACGAUGAGCAAAAAAGGACUGUAUCUAUACAGGUUCUUGUAUACGAAUCUUAUAGAAAAUACGGCACUUUGACCACCGGCCAGAUAGAAAGGUUAAGAUUAAAGCACAGAUUACGAGUGGUACAAGAUUUAGAAGACACUUGUGAAAGAAAUGUGAUAAGAUGCGUUAUAGGUGACGGUUACUUCACACAGCCAGAACUACAGGAUUUGCUGGGUUUGGUUAGGGAAGAAACUAUAAGGCAGAAAAAACACAUUUCAGAUAAACACGACCCUUCUUUGCAACCCUAUGAAGUUUAUAAAGUGGAUUUCGAUUAUUUUAAAAUACUUUUCGUGGCGUUGUCGCCAUGGGGUAAAGGAGAGACCGCAGAGUCUUUAGCUGCUAGAAUAUUUAACCUUAUGGAUUGCAACAGGGAUGGCUACCUCAAUUUCAGAGAACUAGCGGCCUCUCUAGGCCUCACCUCCACAUCUGAACCCGCUCAAAGACUGAAACUGCUCUACACGAUCCACCUACCGCCUCUACUCAACACCAGCGACAUAGAGUCGCCUAUCAAACACGAGUCCGGCGCGGAAAUAGCCUCGGAAGCCACUGAUUUCUUCAACGACGUAGAAAAGAGCGUGGAAUCGUUCAAUUUGAUUGAUGACAAGUCACCCUCGUCGCCUGAAGCCUCAGCUUUUGGAUGGCAAAAAACCUACGAUUCUCAAUCUUCCAUGGACAACUCAAUAACGAGUCAAUCGAGUGGUAUCGACCAGGGUGGCACUUGGGAAUCGAAAAGUCUAUCUAAUCUCCGCAAUUUGGUUCAAUUAAAGGAUAGCAAAGCCAACUUGAAGUGCCUCCCCAGGAUGAACCAGCGUCAAUUUACUACCUUAUGGAAAACUGUUUACGACAUAUUCCAAACUGAACCAGAAGAUGGCGUUACCUACCAUGCUCUUGCUGAUGUUGGUACGUUACUUUUGGAACUGGGAGACGUAGGUAAGCAGUUCUUCAUUAACAGAGAUGAGUCUGAAGAUAGCCUAGCUGCAGCAGCUGUGGUUGCUUGCGAGCAGAACCUCGCAGCCGGCAUUGUAGAGUCUCCAGAUAGAAAUGGUAAUCCGUCAACACCUAAAAUGGAAAUAGAAUGGUAUAUCACCGUAGAACAGUUUUUAGCUUCAAUUUUAAACGCCCAACCAUUGGUAGACUUUUUCUCGAAAAGGAGUUCAAUCAGUGACAACAUCAAAUUGCUCAAAGGCAAACAAUUUAACAGGUACAGUUCCAUAGAAGAGACACCGGCUGUGGUCAAAAUGUAGUCUUUUUCUCUUUACAGUCUGUUAAAUAAUAGACUAUAAUUAUUAAUUAAAUGAUUAAAAUGCUUUCAUGAAAUUUUAAAACACUUUGAAUCUAAUUUUCUUUCCUAUUUUUAUACCAAGUCGAAAAUAUAAAAUAUUACUUCAAUUUGGAGUGGCAGCUUACCCCGGCCCAUUUUUUACAUGUAAAAAUUAGUUUUUUACGUAUAAAAAAUAAAUUUUGAUCUAGUCAUAUUAUUUUUUUGGAUAUUGCAAUAUAGCAAAAAAGCUUUAUUCAGAAGUUUUCAAAUUCCAUGAAACCAUUCUAAAUAAUUACCUAGUUUCUACGUAUAACACCUUAGAGGGUGUUUACAAAAAGCGAAUUUUACUCAAUACCUUUUUUUAUUUUUAAAUAUUAAUUAUAUAAGUCUAUACGAAUUUUAAUAUGUUGUAAAGCUUCUCUCUUUUUAUAUUUAUAUAAAUUCAGUCAAAACACUGAUGCAAUACUUAAGAGGUUAUACAUAAUGUACUAUAAUUAUUUUAAAUUUGAGCUAUAUAUUAAUAAUGUACAUGCUAAAUAUUUUUAUAUAUAUUUUGUUUUUUUUUAAAUAUAGAUUAUAUGUAUAUGUAUAUAACAAUCUAGUGCCAUUUAAAUAUAUUUUUGUUAAAU